AUGGAGCCCCUCUGUCCACUCCUGCUUGUGGGGUUUAGUUGGCCACUUGCGGGCGCUCUGGAGGACAACCAGACCACCAUACCAGAAGGUAACGGGACCACCACCCCAGGCCCUCCCGACCCCGGAGGCGCCCAGCCCCUGCUGGCCUGGCUGCUGCUGCCAUUGCUGCUCUGCCUGGGACUCCUCCUCCUGGCCGCCUACUUCUUCAGGUUCCGGAAGCAGCGGAAGGCCGUGGUCAGCGCCAACGACAAGAAGAUGCCCAACGGGAUCCUGGAGGAGCAAGAGCAGCAGAGGGUGAUGCUUCUCAGCAGGUCCCCCUCAGGACCCAAGAAGUACUUCCCCAUCCCGGUGGGCUUCUUGGAGGAAGAGGUCCGUCUGCGCUCGGCUGAUGACUGCAAACGCUUCCGAGAGGAGUUCAAUUCUCUGCCGUCUGGACACAUCCCAGGAACAUUUGAACUGGCAAAUAAAGAAGAAAACAGAGAGAAAAACAGAUACCCCAACAUCCUUCCUAAUGAUCAUUCCAGAGUGAUUCUGAGCCAAGUGGACGGGACGCCCUGUUCAGACUAUAUCAACGCUUCAUACAUCGACGGUUACAAAGAAAAGAAUAAAUUCAUCGCAGCCCAAGGCCCUAAACAGGAAACAGUGAAUGACUUUUGGCGAAUGAUCUGGGAGCAGAAGUCUGCGACCAUCGUCAUGUUGACAAACCUGAAAGAGAGGAAAGAGGAGAAGUGUCACCAGUACUGGCCCGACCAGGGCUGCUGGACAUACGGGAACAUCCGAGUGUGUGUGGAGGACUGCGUGGUCCUGGUGGACUACACCAUCAGGAAGUUCUGCAUCCAGGUUCCCUAACCCUUGCUCGUGUCCCCACAGCUUCCUGACAGCAAAGCCCCACGGCUUAUCUCCCAGCUGCACUUCACCAGCUGGCCCGACUUUGGGGUGCCCUUCACGCCCAUCGGGAUGCUGAAAUUCCUGAAGAAAGUGAAGACCAUCAACCCCACACAUGCUGGGCCCAUCGUGGUCCACUGCAGCGCGGGCGUGGGCCGCACUGGCACCUUCAUCGUCAUCGAUGCCAUGAUCGACAUGAUGUUCGCUGAACAGAAGGUGGACGUCUUCGAGUUUGUCUCCAGAAUCCGCAACCAGCGUCCCCAAAUGGUUCAGACCGACAUGCAGUACACAUUCAUCUACCAAGCAUUACUGGAGUACUACCUCUACGGGGACACGGAACUCGACGUGUCCUCCCUGGAAAAGCACCUGCAGGCGCUUCACAGCUCCGCCAGCCACUUCGACAAGGUGGGGCUGGAGGAGGAGUUCCGGAAGCUGACCAAUGUCCGGAUCAUGAAGGAGAACAUGCGGACGGGCAACCUGCCGGCCAAUAUGAAGAAGGCCAGGGUCAUCCAGAUCAUCCCCUAUGACUUCAAUCGUGUGAUCCUUUCCAUGAAACGGGGUCAGGAGUACACGGACUACAUCAACGCCUCCUUCAUAGAUGGCUACCGGCAGAAGGACUAUUUCAUCGCCACGCAGGGGCCGCUGCCACACACGGUUGAGGACUUCUGGAGGAUGGUCUGGGAGUGGAAGUGCCACACCAUCGUCAUGCUGACCGAGGUCCAGGAGCGAGAACAGGAUAAAUGCUUCCAGUACUGGCCAGCAGAGGGCUCUGUUAUUCACGGAGACGUCACCAUUGAGCUCAAGAGCGACACCCUGUCCGAGGCCAUCAGUGUCCGAGACUUCCUGGUCACCUUCAAGCAGCCGCUGGCCCGGCAGGAGGAGCAGAGUCGCCUGGUGCGUCAGUUCCACUUCCACGGCUGGCCUGAGGUGGGCAUCCCCGCGGAGGGCAAGGGCAUGAUCGACCUCAUCACUGCUGUGCAGAAGCAGCAGCAGCAGACAGGCAACCACCCCAUCACCGUGCACUGCAGCGCUGGAGCUGGACGAACUGGUACCUUCAUUGCACUAAGCAAUAUCCUGGAGCGUGUGAAGGCUGAGGGGCUUCUUGAUGUAUUCCAGGCAGUGAAGAGCUUACGGCUUCAGAGGCCACACAUGGUGCAAACCCUGGAACAGUAUGAAUUCUGCUACAAAGUGGUACAAGAUUUUAUUGAUAUAUUUUCUGAUUAUGCUAAUUUCAAAUGA